GACGCGCGGACGGGAUGGGCAGGAAAGUGAAAGCGGCAGCGAAAUAAAAAGCGGAUCCGGCAGCGGCGGCUUCUCGUUCACACCAGAGACCCCCGAGGGCCUCCGGCUUACCGGGCCGGGCGGUCCAGGCCGGGUCAUGAGCCGCUAACCGCAGCAGCAGCAGCUGCCACCUCUUUCCCCGCCCCCCUCCAGCCGGAGCCGCAAGAUGGCAGACCCCGAGGCUCUGGAGACGGUCACGGAACACGAGCGGAUCCUGCAGGAGAUCGAAAGCACGGACGCGGCCUGCGUGGGCCCGACACUCCGAUCUGUAUAUGAUGACCAGCCCAAUGCACACAAACGAUUUAUGGAAAAACUUGAGGCCCGCAUUCGGAAUCAUGACCGGGAGAUUGAGAAAAUGUGCAAUUUUCACCAUCAGGGUUUUGUUGACGCUAUCACCGAACUGCUUAAAGUGAGGUCAAAUGCAGGAAAACUAAAGGUUCAGGUAACUGACACCAAUAGGCGGCUUCAAGAUGCAGGAAAAGAGGUGAUUAACCAAAGUGAAGAAAUGAUUCGAUGCAGGGUACAGCAGAGGAACAUUGCUACUACAGUAGAGAAGCUUCAGCUCUGUCUUCCGGUGCUAGAAAUGUACAGCAAAGUGAGAGAACAGAUGAAGGCCAAAAGAUAUUAUUCUGCGUUGAAAACUAUGGAACUUCUAGAAAAUACGUAUCUUCCCCAGGUUCAUCAGUACCGUUUCUGUCAGAUUAUGACUGAAAAUAUUCCCAGGCUGCGGGAAGAGGUCAAGGAAAUUUCGAUGUCAGAUUUGAAAGAUUUUUUAGAAAGUAUUCGGAAACAUUCUGAUAAAAUAGGAGAGAUGGCCAUGAAACAAUCUCAACAGCAAAGAACUUUCAAUAGUGUUGUCAAGAAGCAAACCAAUACCAGCAAUGAAAGGAAAUUUAAUGUUGCCAAUGGUACGGUUCCUGAGCACAUGAAUGUAGCAACAUCGGGACAGAUACAAGACGAGGAAGACGAAUACGAAGAGGAGGUUCUCACUGCCCAGGAUCUAGUGGAUUUCUCUCCUGUUUACAGAUGUCUGCAUAUAUACAGCAUUUUGGGUGAUCGAGAAACCUUCGAGAACUAUUACAGAAAACAACGAAGGAAGCAAGCAGGAUUGGUAUUGCAGCCACAGUCAAGCAUGCAUGAAACUGUUGAAGGCUACAGAAAAUAUUUUAACCAGAUUGUUGGAUUUUUUGUGGUGGAAGAUCACAUAUUACAUGCAACACAAGGGUUGGUGACCAGAGCAUUUACUGAUGAGCUAUGGAACAUGGCACUUUCAAAAAUUAUUGCUGUCUUAAGAACCCAUUCAUCCUAUUGCACUGAUCCUGACCUUGUUUUGGAGUUGAAGAAUCUAAUCGUGGUUUAUGCUGAUACUUUGCAAGGUUAUGGAUUUCCUGUCAACAGAUUCUUCGACCUAUUGCUUGAAAUCCGGGAUCAGUACAAUGAAACCUUAUUAAAGAAAUGGGCAAUAGUGUUUAGGGAAAUUUUUGAGUCCGACAACUACAGUCCUAUUCCUGUAGCAAACGAAGAGGAAUACAGAAUGAUAAUUAGCCGAUUCCCAUUUCACGACUUGGAGCUUGAAAAGCAACCUUUUCCAAAGAGGUUCCCAGUUUCUCAGUCAGUACCUGAGAUCUACAAGGAGUUCAAGGAAUUCAUUUAUGCAAGCCUUAAAUUUUCAGAGUCCCUUCAUCGAAGUUCAACAGAAAUAGAUGAUAUGCUCAGAAAAUCUACCAACCUGCUGCUGACUCGAACUCUGAGUGGAUGUUUACAAAGCCUGAUCAAGAAACAGCACAUAGGUUUGACUGAACUUGUACAAAUCAUCAUAAAUACAACACACCUGGAACAGGCCUGUAAAUACCUUGAGGACUUUAUAACCAACAUCACCAAUGUUUCCCCUGAGACUGUGCACACCACACGACUUUAUGGGCUGUCCACAUUCAAGGAUGCUAGACAUGCAGCAGAAGGAGAAAUAUACACAAAGCUUAACCAUAAGAUUGAUGAAUUCAUACAGUUAGCUGAUUAUGAAUGGACUAUGACAGAACCCAAUGGUCGAGCCAGUGGUUAUUUAAUGGAUCUUAUAAAUUUUCUCAGAAGCACUUUUCAAGUUUUUACACAUUUGCCUAAUAACGUCAAUCACCAUGCAGCAAUGUCGGGAAAGGUAGCCCAAACAGCAUGCAUGUCAGCCUGUAAACACCUAUCCACAUCUCUAAUGCAGAUGCUUCUAGAUGCUGAGGUGAAGCAGAUAAGCAUGGGAGCCAUUCAACAGUUCAACCUCGAUGUUAUUCAGUGUGAAUUGUUUGCUAGCUCUGAGCCAGUGCCAGGAUUCCAAGGGGACACCCUGCAGUUAGCUUUCAUCGACCUCAGACAACUACUUGACCUGUUUAUGGUGUGGGACUGGUCGACAUAUCUAGCUGAUUAUGGGCAAGCCACAUCCAAGUAUCUGAGAGUGAAUCCCAGCACAGCUCUGAUCCUUCUUGAGAAAAUGAAAGACACCAACAAAAAGAAUAACAUAUUUUCCCAGUUCAGAAAAAAUGAUCGUGACAAACAGAAACUGAUGGAGACGGUAGUGAAACAGCUACGCAGUUUGGUGAAUGGUAUGGCCCAACACACAUAAGACUUGUUGCCCUCAUUAUUUUGUUCUUACCCUUUAUCAUUCUUCAACCAGCAUUUGUAUACAAUAGAUGGUCAAAGGAAAUUCCUGAAGGAUAAGACUGUAUCAAGUACAGAACAAACAAUUCAAAAUGUAAAGGGUACAGUGGAAUAAGAUGAGGAGAAUUGGGGGAAAAUGUUUUGUAUGUAUUUUUCAAAUCAUGCAGAAGUUGGUGUAUUGAGAUUUUCUGAAUAUGUGCAGUGGCCUUUACUACACACGGCAAGCGUUUAUCACAGUUUCCAAAAAACUAAAAAAAAAGGAACGAGAAAGCUAAAAAAAAUUAGAGAAAAUAUGCUCAAUUAUUGGGCACUGUCAACACAGAGGAAGUUAGGUUGGGUAAGUUAAAAUAUUUCACACAGGUUUUACCAGUUGCAGCUGCAACGUGAUUUUGUUUUAGUUUAGCAGUAACACUGUACUUUCUAACUUUGUGCAAUGGAUUGACAGUGACAUUACUUUGUAAAUAAUAAAACAAAAAAAGCCAUGAUGUUCCAGUCUUGCAUACAGAGUUGGCUGUUGUCUCCAUUUCACUUUAUUGACCAGGUGUUUUGUAUGUUUUACCUGCAUUAAUGUUCUAUCUAAUUUGUUUUUCAUUAUUCACAUUGUGAAAAAUGUUCAGCAUUGUUUUAUCUUUAUUCACAUGACAAAUUUUACUGCACACAAAUUGCUAUUUUUCAGUUUUUACUCAGGGCUGUACUAUGUGAAUUUUGUUGGUUUUUUUUGCAGAAAUAUAAAAAUAAACUUGAAGCACUAGCCUGUAGCAAUCACAAGUAAUGAAAUUACUUUUGAUUUGCUUCAGCACAUUUCUCUCCUUUUUGAUGCACAUCUUGAGUCAUAGAUCAUUGAUGAUAAUGAUGGUGUUUUCUUCUGAUUGUUUCUCUGCACUCUCAAUUUGAAACAUAGUCUUCACUAUCUUACUCUUAUGACCUCUUUCAGUUUGUUGACUACUGUUUGUAAGACAGACAAAAAUGAAGGAAAUUAAAUUCUGUAAAUUGAUUCAUUGAAGUACUUUAUUCUUACUCUGUAAUAAAAGUAACCCUGAGCACUUUUUAA